GUUUUUCCCAACUCCAACUUUAUUUAUCGACCAGUAUGCUAAGAAAUAUUGCCACGAAAAAUUUUGGUGCUGUCCACCGUUCCUUACUGUACAAUCCUGCCCGUCAAUAUCAUCCCAAGGUUAUUGAUCAUUACGAACGUCCACGCAACGUCGGCUCCCUGAAUAAGAAUGAUAUAAACGUUGGCACCGGUUUAGUGGGCGCUCCCGCAUGCGGUGAUGUGAUGAAACUACAAAUCCAAGUGGACGACGUUACAGGAAAAAUCAAGGAUGUAAAGUUCAAAACUUUUGGUUGCGGAUCAGCUAUCGCCAGCAGCAGUUACAUCUCGGAACGAGUAAUGGGCCUUUCACUCGAUGAGGCUGGCCGAGUAAAGAACACUGACAUUGCCAGAGAAUUGAGCUUACCACCUGUUAAGCUGCAUUGUUCAAUGUUGGCCGAGGACGCCAUCCGAUCAGCCAUUGAAGACUAUCAGAAGAAACGUGUAGCCAAACAUUAGCGUCGUAACUCGAUAGUUUAAUAUUCCUCCCAUUUGUUUAUUCCUGGUGCGCAACUGCCCAUCUGCGUGUAUAUAAUAAGAAUAUCUUCCACCCUUAUUGAAAUGAAUCUUGUGUAUUUGGAACUGUGAAUUGUUACCGUAAAUUGUUACGGAUUCAUCUGUGAAAGUGAUUUGCU